CUUCAUAUCUUCUUACAUCAGAAGUACUAAUCUCCUCAUAGAAAUUAGAAAUAGAAUGGCAAGUUUAUUAACAACAAUAUGUGCUAGUGCUACUUUUCUUCUGAUUAUGUUAUUGAGCUCAGUUCUACAAUGUAAUUCACAACCACCUCCUCCUCCACCACCACCUCCUCAACCUUAUGCGAAGAUAAGUUUUCAGUGGCCAAUGGCUCUCUGUGCCAUCCAUACAUGCAUCAAGGGUCCACCAGGGGCGUUUCGUCUCCACGGUGCUUGGCCGACAUAUGCCAAUGGUAGGGGUAUGCAGAAAUGCACCAACCAACCUUUCAGCUGGUCCGCUAUAAAGGAUAUGAGAGCAGAUUUGGACUAUUACUGGCCAAGCUAUUUAGAUGACAACAGAAGGUUUUGGCAACAUGAAUGGGAGUGGCAUGGUACUUGUUCUGGAUUAUCUGUUAGGGAGUAUUUCGAGAGAUCUUUGACUCUCUUUAGACAGGCAUACCGGCCAAUGUUCAAUGCUAUAGCACGAGUGGCUAGCCCUUCCAAUAACAAAAAUAUGACGCUAAGUACAGUACCUACGCUUGCAACCUACUAUAACGCAGUACUCGCCGAAUUCAAGAUAAAACCCUUAGUACACUGUCAGAUGUUUAAUGGCAUAAGUUACUUCUUAGAGAUGAGGCUUUGCGCCACCGCAGAUCUCAAGAAAUUGGUGAAUUGCCCUGAUAAGAUAAAUGCGAGUGGCAACUGUGGUCUUACCGCCGGAACCAAAGCACUAUUUUACAUACAGUAGGAUUAUAGUGGCUGGUUUGUUAUAUGACUUGAUCUGUUUCAAAACUUAUCGACCUAUUAUCUGAGUAAC